AUUGUACAAACGGAACAAUGUCUAAACCCUCAACUCCAUGAUUUACAUUUUCUUCUGCUGGCCCCCUCAGGCCUCAAUUCCAUCUAAUUCUCCCCAUUUCCCCUGCUCGCAAUAAUGAAUUAACCAUUGAAAUAAGCAAUUGGAGAGAGUAAUAAAACCCUCAAACAUGUGCUCCUCAAUGCCAUCAAUUUCGCUCUGUUUGCCCUCACAAACCACCUUUUUAUCACACAAUCGCUUCAACUUCGUCUUUCAUGGCAGCCCACUGUUCAUCACUCGCAGAAACCCUAGGCACAUUUCGCUCACAGCUUCUGUUGCUGAAAAAAACUCGAGUCUUCAAUUUUCGUGGAUUUCUUGGGACAAAGUUAGUUCUGAUGACUACAAUGGUUGGGCCAUUGCGGAACCUGCUCCGAAACUAGCUGAAAAGAAAGGUUGGCGGACAUUUGCUGUAUUUGGUGUGGGAGCAUCAGUUGCUGCAUUUCUUGGUUUGCUUGCCUGUUUUUGGUUCUCUAGUAAAGGUUUUGGCGUUCGACUCAGAAGUCCAUUUAGUGCUUUACACGGGUUUUCGGUGCCUUCUUUAACUAUCAAGGAUGAAACGGGAAUUGAAGAAGUUCGUAAUGAUGAUGUACCAUUCGUAGAAUCUCAGAUGCCUGAGGAAACACUGGCUGAUGCAUCUGAUGCUUUUGUGGUGACAGAGCACAAGCGUGAGCACGUUAUAGUUCCAUUUUCUGUGGAUGUUGCUCAGCAAGAAGCUGUCUCAGCUCUUAAGAAACUCAAGAUUAUUGAAGAUGAUGCCAGAGCAGAUAAAUUAUGUACCAGACGAGAAUAUGCACGAUGGUUAGUGCGUGCAAAUUCACUGCUGGAGAGGAGUAGGAAGCAUCGGCUGAAUCCAUUUGCUGCAAUUUGUGGAUCUAGAAUUACUGCCUUUGAUGAUGUAGGAGUUGAAGACCCUGAUUUCGAAAAUAUUCAAACUCUAGCUGAGGCCGGUAUUAUUAGAAGCAAACUGUCAGAAGGAAGCUGCGGCUCAGAUCUGAAUGUAGACAAAGAAUUUAUGAAUUUUUCUCCGGAAAGGUUCAUAUCUCGCCAGGAUCUGGUUACUUGGAAAGCAAAAAUAGAGUAUGAAGUUGUGUCUGGAAUCGAUAAAGAGAUGGCAAUGAGGAACAUUGGUUUUCUAGAUGUGAAGGAGAUCUCUUCAGAUGCAUUGUUAGAACUUUUUGUGGACUAUCGAGCUGAUAGAAAGAGCAUAACCAGAGGAGUUUUUGGACAGAGCAGGCGACUGCAACCAAGCAAACCAUGCACAACGGCUCAGGCUGCAGUUGCACUGACAUGCGGAAGAGUGACAGAAUUCAUACAGGCAGAACUAUCGAGACUUGAAGCUGAAAAACUUUCAAGGGAACUCGAAUUAAGAGUAUUGAGGAGUGAAAUUCUAGAGAGAGGGGACAUAAAGGAGUAUUGGGAGCGAAAGAUGGAGAAAGAAAGAAAUCGUGGCUUGGAAGUGGACAUGGAUUAUCGUUCAGCCAUUAUGGCUUUGGAAGAGGAGAAGAUUGCUCAAGAGAGUGGUUCAGCUGAGUUGGUGAAGCAGAAGGCAGCUUUGGAAUGCCAGGAACAGUUGCUUUCUAGUUUAAAAGCAGAAGUAACGGAAAUGUCUGAAAUACUUUGUGUUGAGAAGGCCAAGUACGUUGACGAGCUGCGUGGCGUACAGGAUACACAGCGUGAGCUGCAGGCGAAGUAUGAAGAGCUGCUCGAUGCUAAGUCGAUUUUGGAAGCUGAAAUAGAGGCCCUGCGUAUAUUGAGAUCGUGGGUUGAAGAUGAAGCAAGAAAAAGCCAAGCUCGUGCAAAGGUCCUCGAGGAAGCUGGUCGAAGGUGGAAAUGGGACGGUUAGCCUUUUCUUGACAAAGGAUAGAUCCUCUGCUACUUUACCAUUUUUUAUACCCUCAGCUUUGCAUUCUUGUAGCACUGACAAUCACCAUUCUUCUGCUCUGUGGGGACUGCUUCUUAAUGAUAUACCCGUACGCAUGAUAUAUUUUAUUAUUUUUAAAAUUAUGUAAAAGUAUCAAAAAUGUUAUUCCC